AUGAGGACCUUCGCCCGGCGGAAAGGACAAUCAUGGACGACGUUGGCUGUCAUCAUCGCUCUUUUCGUGUCUUCGACCGUCGUCGUUGCCACGGAUAUCGCAUUUUGGACCGUCCAAAUUCCUUCGACAGUCCGUCCAGCUCGACAUAAACCCCCUACGGAGUUGCUCUUCCGAUUCAAUAUCAUUCUAGUGGUUACCCGCCGCUGCAUCUAUUUGUUGAGCGAUGCGAUAGUAGUUUGGCGCGCCUGGGUCUUGUGGCCCAAUAGCCGCCUCGCAAAGUCAAUCUUAUUGGCAUGCAUGUGCUGUAGCACAGUCGGCGCCAUCCUCAAUGCCGUGUGGACUAUCCAAAAUGACCGAUCCAUCAAUACGCUCCCCAGGAUCCAAUCGCUUGCCCUCACAGUUCCGCUAUUGGGCACCAACAUCAUCGCGACGUCGCUAGUGGGUAUUCAAGUGUGGUACUACCGCCGCGAUAUCAAGGGCUCCCUCGGCCUGUAUACGCGCAAGAGCCAAGUAGAGAGGGUGCUCGUCCUGCUCGUUGAAUCAGGUUGCUUGUAUAGUCUUCUUUGGGCUGUCUACCUCACCUUCCUCCUCACGGCCGGGACGGGCGGCUCCACGGUGACAAACUACGUUGGCACUGCUAUCCAUAGCAUCUCGGGAAUCCAUCCCAUCGUCGUCGUUCUGGUCGUCAUGCACGCUACCACCGCGGAGCACCUGAUUGACACGGCGCAGGUAUCUCAUGCGCUACACUUUGUAGAUACGCAGGAGGGGCGCAUCGUGGGACUGAGUAGCGGGUGCAUGGAUCUCGGCGAUGGGAGCAUGGUGAAUGGUGUUCUUGCACGGGACCACGUUGGUGAGCGGAGGGCUUCAUCGGCGGAACAACGAAGCGCCCAUGCUUCUGCCAGCCCGGGUCGUAUAGAUCAGGAGCACGAGGGCCCUAUGAUGACCUAUGUAUCUCGCUCGCGACGCUCCCUGUGCGACUGA